AUGCAACUUGAUGACUGGAGCACGUAUCGCGAGACACUGCUUUACGUAAGAGAGCUUGCCUUACUUUUCCCGUCGUUGUGGAGUAGGAAUUCGGUGGCAGCGACUUCCUCGCUGCUUUCACAUCCCACCUCGUUGGUCUCUCUUGCGUCGGUAAAGCAAGUGGAGGCACCCUUUCUGAUGCAAUGGAUGGCGGCAGCGGCAACAGUAUCAGUCGCUUACCAUUGUAAAAGUACAGCUGACCAUGUUGAGGAUGUGGAUCAUGCCGCUGCUGUCGUAGUGGCGCAUUGGACGAGGCUGUUGGGCAUGUGGAUCGCCUUGCGCGUAGAGCUCUUGUGCAGCAGAAGUGGGGCAGUGCUUAUUCCAGUGGAAGAGAAGGAAUUGGAGCGCUACAGGCAGUAUUUCGUGCCUCUUGCGUGGCCGAUGCUGGAUCAAGGCAUUCGAGAGCGGCUUGUUUCGCAUCUGUGCACACUGGCAGAGAAACAAGGAGCGAGACAGCCAAUGUGCAGCACCAGCUGCGCCAGUGACAUCGCUUCCUCCUGCGUCGCUGUUCUCAGGAGGGAUGAGGAAGACGAGCAGAAGCGUGAUGAAGUGUGCACGCGAGCCAUGGAGGCCACCCAGCGUGUGGCACGCGAGUACCUCCGCAUCAGCUGGGACGUAUUGCGCCCCAGCAGUGUUCCUGCUACGGUAGACGCGAAGCUGAAGCGACUUUCUGCCCAGCAGAGUCAACGCAAUGUCUCUGAAGCUGUCGGUUCUACACCGCGUUCGGCCGUAGUGCAUACCAACUGCCUUGGCGAUCUCCUACAGGCGCUAGAGCGUUUGCAGUUGCGGCCGCAACGACAACAUGUAGACCACGACUUGGCGCCAUGGCUCACCUUAACACAGACUGCACUCCUUCAUAUCGGCUACGACUUACUUACCAAGGUGAGGGCGUCACUGGUCGAGCGCUGCUACUACCUCAUCCCCGCCGUUCUGGACUAUGAGUUAUGCGUGCACUUGUGCGAGGUGACGCUACCGGAAAGCGCAGGAUUACAGGCACAUGAGAAGGAGCUGACUAGAGUGCAGGGGAUAUUGCGGCUCACUCUGCAGAGUUUGCUGCAGUCUGCCAUUGGCCUGUAUCAGCACACCAUUGAAGUCUUGUUGGUUGGCUACAAGAAAAAGAGCACUGCCACGUUGUCUGCAAGUCUUACUCCACGGCUUGUGAAGUUGUCAGCGCAUCUCUUGCCGAAGAACCCACUCGUCACCCAAGAAGUUGCACAAAAUCAGCACACAUCCGAUGCAGCUUUUGUGUUGGAACCAACCACUCACCCGUGUGCUACCGGUGGUGUCAGCGCAUCUGCGGUAAUGCGACUCUCAGGACCAGCUUUUGCGGUCCUGGUGGAGGUGCUGGAGCCAACCUGUGAUCUACUACAGCGCUACCCCGCGGACUGGAAUGGCCUUUCGGCCAGGUCGCUCAAGGGCCCCGAUGGGCGCGACCAGGGUGCGACUCGUGGUGCCCACAGAGAAAGUGAAGGAGGGCUGCUCUCGUCUCCACCUCGCCAACAGCAUCUGAUGAGCUGGCAUCCACGGUGCUCUACUACCUUGGAUGCACGAAGGGAAUUGGUGUCUUUUCUCGAAGCAAAGAUGUCCAGCUGUUUUGCCGAUGCCGCAGCAGGGUCUGGCGCGGCGGCCAAGAAGGCGCAACGGCAGGCGACCACAGAUGCAUACCUUCUGGUCACGUACCUCUCCACGUAUGGGCCACACCGGCUAUAA